AUGGACAUCCCAGUUGAAAUAAAUAACAAAAGCAACAUUGUCAUAUCUGGCAACCUGAUAGAUAGGGAAGAACAGCUGAAACCGCUGUUUGGGAUUGGCGCUGAUAAUUUAAUUACGCUUCUAAUUUUCGGACUAAUUUUUACCCUCGGAGUGCUAGGGAAUGCAUUAGUGAUCACAGUUCUGGCUCGUCGUAAACCCGGACAGCAUCGGAGUACUACUAAUAUCUUCAUUCUCAAUCUUAGCGUUGCAGACUUGUCUUAUCUUCUGUUCUGCAUCCCCUUUCAAUCCACGGUUUACAUGUUACCAACAUGGGUCCUUGGAGAAUUUAUUUGUAAAUUCAUCCACUACUUUUUCACGGUGUCCAUGUUGGUUAGUAUUUUCACUUUAUCAGCUAUGUCGGUGGAUCGGUACAUCGCUAUAGUUCACAGCAGAAAGUCCUCCUCCAUACGUGUGGCAAAGCAUGCUGUCAUCGGAGUGAUGGUGAUUUGGAUACUCUCCUUUGCCAUGGCUGCGCCGGUUGCCUACUAUCAAAGCAUCGUCGAGAGCGAGGAUAACAGCACGUUUUGCUGGGAAGUGUGGCCUGACCACAACAAAAAAAAUAUUUAUGUUGUUUGUACAUUUGUUUUCGGAUACGUUCUACCUCUGAUUUUGAUUUCAUUCUGUUAUUCAAAAGUUUUGAAUCAUUUGCACAAAAAACUCAAAAACAUUUCAAAAAAGUCUGAGACGUCCAAAAAGAAGACUGCGCAAACAGUCUUUGUUGUGGUGGUAGUCUUCUGCUUGUCAUGGCUGCCCCAUCAUGUGGUCCACCUGUGGGUGGAGUUUGGUUCUUUCCCCCUGAACCAGGCAUCAUUCGUGUUCCGUGUUACUGCUCAUUGUUUGGCUUACAGUAACUCCUCUGUCAACCCCAUCAUCUACGCCUUCCUCUCAGAGAACUUCCGACAGGCUUACAAGCAGGUGUUCCAGUGCCAGGUGGCCACCGAGUACCCCAUGACUGAUGGAAGAGAGAUGCGGAGUAAACUGGAGAUUGCAGCCUCAACUAACUGCACGACAAUUUAA